AGUCUAGUUGUCGCCGAUUGAACGUCAGCGCGUGUCAGUCUCUCUCCCUUCGAUGACGGUGUCAGUGACAGUCUCUCGACCUGCCGACGGGUCCCUCGCGCGCGUGGCCAGCUGAGGAGCGUUCGUGCUCGGUAGGUGAGCCAGGAUUUGGAGGCGAGAAGAAGACGGAGAGACAUCCCAGUCAACAUGAAGACACGCGGGUUCCCGUUUGUGCUUUUCUGCCUGUUCUGGGGCCACUCCUGCGCUCUGGCAGGAAAAGUUAACAAGCACAAACCGUGGAUAGAGACUUCCUACCACGGAGUGAUCACAGAGAACAUGGACACGGUGCUGCUGGACCCUCCUCUGGUUGCCCUAGACAAGGAUUCUCCUCUCCCCUACGCUGGGGAGAUUUGCGCCUUUAAAGUUUUUGGUCAGGAUGCUCCGUUUGAAGCAGUGGUGCUAAAUGGUACAUCAGGAGAAGGAGUCCUGAGGGCCAGUAGUCCUGUGGACUGUGAGAGCCAGAAGGAGUAUACCUUCAUCAUCCAGGCCUAUGACUGCGGGGCUGGACCUGAUGGGGCUGACUGGAAAAAAUCGCACAAGGCUGUGGUUCACGUCCAAGUGGAUGAUGUCAACGAGUUCAGCCCUGUUUUUAGAGAGUCCCUCUACAAAGCAUCAGUAACUGAAGGCAAGAUCUACGACAGCAUUUUACAGGUGGAAGCUUGGGAUCAGGACUGUUCACCGCAGUACAGCCAGAUAUGCAACUACGAAAUCGUCACUCCUGGAACGCCAUUUGCUAUCGACCGCAAUGGUAACAUCAGAAACACAGAGCGGCUGAGCUUUGACAAGCAGCAGAGCUUCAGGAUUAUGGUGUCUGCCUUUGAUUGUGGCCAGAAGAGAACCAAGGAGGAUGUGACGGUGCACAUCGAAGUCAAGCCCGUCUGCAAACCUGGAUGGCAAGGCUGGAACAAGCGUGUGGACUAUGAGCCCGGCACUGGGAGCAAGCAGCUGUUUCCCAAGAUGCACCUGGAAACUUGUGGCGGUCCGCUGUCUGGAGUGAAAGCGAUGGUGGAGCUACAGACCAAUCACAUCGGAAAGGGCUGUGACCGUGAAACUUACUCGGAAAAGUCUCUGCAAAAGCUCUGUGGUGCAGCAUCAGGCAGCACGGAUCUCCUUCCCGCUCCCAGCCCUACCGCAAACUGGACAGCGUCUCUGCUCACCGACAGCGGGCGGGAAAGUGACCUUAUCUACAAAUUUGACGGGCACCAGGCUGCAAACGUUCCAGAUCACGUGGUGCCUCAAAACCUGACGGACCAGUUUACCAUCGCGACGUGGAUGAAGCACGGGCCCAGUCCGGGAUUGAGAGCUGAGAAGGAAACUCUGCUCUGCAGCUCUGACAAGACAGAGAUGAACCGCCACCAUUACUCUCUGUAUGUCCACAACUGCCGCCUGGUGUUCCUGCUCAGAAGAGAUUUCACGCAGAUCGACACUUUCAGGCCCGCCGAGUUCCACUGGAAGCUGGAUCAGAUCUGUGACAAGGAGUGGCACUAUUAUGUAAUCAACGUGGAAUUUCCUGCGGUGACUCUAUUUGUGGACGGCGUGACCUAUGAGCCCUACCUGGUGACGGAUGACUGGCCGAUCCAUGCCUCAAAGAUUGAUACACAGCUGACUGUGGGCGCCUGCUGGCAAGGUCUUGAAGUAGAGACCCCAAGGUACACCCAGUAUUUCCACGGCAGCCUUUCAGGGCUGACAAUCCGACCGGGCCGCAUUGAAACCCAGAAGGUUAUCUCCUGUUUGCAGGCCUGCAAAGAAGGUCUUGAUAUUAACUCACUCGAAAGCCUGGCUAAGGACAUAAAGUUUCACUUCAACCCGGCCCAGUCGGUGCUGGUGGUGGAGGGGGAGGAUGUGGACAGCAUCAACACGGCUAUAACCAAGGUGUCCUACAUCAACUCCCGUCAGUUCCCCACACCGGGCCUCAGACGGCUGCACAUCACCACCACUGUACAGUGUUUUGGGGAGGAAACAUGUCUCUCCAUUCCAGAAAUUAAGGCAGUGGUUAUGGUGCUGCCACCCAGUGAACCCAGAAUCACCAUUUCAGGAUCUAAUCAACUGAUCCGGUUCGCCAGCGACCUCCGCAGUCCGCUGGGUGUGGCGCUCUUCAAAGACCUCCGCAUCACCAGCACAGUGAUGAAGGGAGAAAGCUCCGGCAGAUCACGCAGGCCGGGUGUGAUGGAGGUGAUGCACAACCUGGAUUACUGUGAUGUGCUGGUAAUUGGGGAGGAACUGAAUCCUGACAGAGAGAGUCUGGAGAUUCAUCACAGCGCUCUGCUGGGAAAACACCUCGACGCCACCAACUCCACCUCUGGAAUAUCAAUAUAUGGUGUGGACUCCAUGGCGCACUACGAGCAGGCACUCAGACAGCUGCGCUACAGGAACUGGCGACCCACUUCUCUAAAUGAUAGAAAGUUCAGACUCACCUGCUCUGAACUUAACGGGCGAUACACCAGCAAUGAGUUCACUCUGGAGGUGACUGUCCCUCAUCAUGUCGCUCCAGUUGAGCACGUCAAUCACAUGGCCGUCCAGCCCCCGUACAUGAGGCCUGUCCAUCACCCUCUGAUGAUCCACACCUUAAACUCACACAUGUCAGGAUCAGCGCCUCCUGCGGCCACAGCAGUCAUUGUGGUUUGUAUUGCCGCACUGGUGGUGAUCGUGGUGAUCGGCAUCUACAGGAUCCACACCACUCAUCAGGAAGCGUCCAGAGACGAUGAAAGUGAAAGCAAAGAUCCGGAGGUGGACUGGGAAAACUCAGCACUGAACAUCACUGUUAACCCCAUGGAGGACAUAAAAGGACCUCAGGGACUCGGAGAAGCACUAAAAGGAGAACAAGAGGAGGAAGAGGAGGAGGAAGAAGAUGGAGAGCUGGUGGGAGCCAUGACAAUUGCUGAGUCAGAUAUCAGCGAUGAAGAGGAGGAAGAAAAGGGGAGAGAAGGUUUUGACUGGAGGAAGCAGGAGGCAAAACCUGAGUGGGACUGUAUCUCUGCAACAUACUGAGAACACACAAACAUCCACACACAAUUACACAAACACACUCACACCCAGUGCUGACAUCCUGACGUGCUUUGUGCAGGAACAGCACAAACACAAAAAUACACACACAAUGAAAUAAUUUACAAUCUGUUGCUGGAAAAAUGCUCUUCACUUGUUUUCAUUCCUGAAGAAAUGUCGCCCUCUGCUGGACAAAGCUGAACGUACAGCGUGACUGAAUGCUGUCCACUGUACUGGAAACGACAUACAUGCGUGCAUUCAUAUUCACAACAAUGAGGCAGAAUACAUAUAAAUAGAUGAAACAAGCACAGUCAUCCCAUAAUUAAGUGUUAAUACCCAUGUACGGUUGCUCUGAAGUGCAAAUAAGUCAGAGCAAAUACAUAUAAAAGAUCACAACCACAAUUGUAACAAUCAGCUAUUUAUAUCAGUGUUCAUUACAUUAUUAAGGGUACCUAGAUUCUUUAAAUUGAUUUAUUUACACCACAGAUUUUGCUCUUGGGCUUUAAAUUUAUUUUAUGUUACAAAAAAUAAACCCCCACAAAAAACAAAAUGUAUGUAAAUUCUCCAUCAUACAAAACCAAUUAGUUUUCUUUAAAUUAGUUUGCUUUGAACUGUUGAAAAAAAUGAAGCAAAAUAAGGAACCGAAGAAGGUUGGACAUUUCUGAUUGGACUAUGACUUUGAAGUUUUUUCCAUUUCCGCAACUAAUCAACAUUUUAUGAUCAGUACGGAGCAUAUCCAGUAUCGCUUCAUGCUAAAUAACUUCCAGAUGAAAUGAUGGACAAAUGUCAUCAUCCAAUCAGCACUGUCCUGUUAUACCUACCUAUUCCAGUUUGGUGAAAAAGAAAAAAAAGUAAUAUUAAAGAAAUCAAAAUGAAAAAUGAAACAUUUCUUUAUUUGUUUUGUGAUCUUUAACUUGUUUUUCCAUUGACUGAUGUGUUGGCAUGUUUUGCUCUUCAGGGCCACCGUACUCGUCUGCAGUUUUCCCCCCAAAAGUUUAAGAAAUGUAACUAUUUUUAUUUUCAAAGCAGCCUGUCUGCCAGAUAUUAGUAAAAGUUACAUGUAUACUCACCUGUAUGCCCUCGUGAAUGUUUUUUAAAUGUCCGAUAUACGUUCCAUAGGCUGGUAAAACAAAGCUGAGCUGUCACUCUCCUGUGGUUUUAACCUGAAGUCCGAUUCCUUCCGUUCAUUCGUGUCUGUAGGCUCUGGUGUCUCUGUAGACUCUGCUUUUGUUUGUCUGACUUGGACUUUAGAGAGAAAACAUGAUAUUUUGUUGGGUUUUUUUGGCAUAAAUUUCCCUUAUUUGUCCUGAGUGUUAUGCGAAGAUGGGCAAUUCAAUCAAAUCUAGUCCUCCACCCUUUCUACAGAGGAAGUGCUCAUCUUACUCUGCAAUACUGAAGGAAACCCUGCAUGCUUACAUCUAUCAGUGCUUUGUUCAUGUAGCCCUUAAAGGAAGGAUGCUCUUUGGCACUAGAUCCUCCCCCUUUUCUUAUUCUACAAAGUGUAACUCCUUUUUCCUUACUCAGAAGACAACAUUGACAUUGUAUAGUUCUGAGAUCUUCUACAUUGAUUUACAAUCAAAGAAGCCCUCUAUGCAACUGUGGGCUUUGUGUGAGAACCUAGAAACAGAUUUAGAAAGUUUUGCAGAUGUUGCAUCUGCUGACUUUAGCGUGUAAGAUGCUGAUACAGCUGCAUGUCCAGGUGCAACCACAACUAAGCUUAAAUUCAACCCCCUUUAGCUGUCACAAACUCAUCUUUUUGCAUUUAAAGACUCAAUCUAAUUCAAAUUUUGUGUUUUUAACAAGUUCUUGCAGCAUUUUUCUGACGAUGGGGGACAUAUUUAAAAAGGGAGAAGCUUAAAAAAGCAUUUCUGAGUACAUAUGUAUUCUAAUCUUUGUGAAUCAGUCAGAAAUGCAGUCGGAAAAAAGCUUGUAGGUGUGAUUUGGAACCUCCAAUGGCAGGCCUCAGCCCCCCUUCUCUGCUCCAUUCACUCCCUCAAUAUGGCUCAACAUUUACAGCUGGGUAGCUCUAACAUUACUCGUUAUUUUUGUUGCACCGGCAAUGCUAGGUUGUUAGCAAGCUAGCAAGAGAGCAUGUAAACAGAUGGGUGACAGGAUGUAGGGGGCGGGCAUUCCAACAGUCCCCACAACUCAGAGGUCAAUUUCUGAGAUGCUCUGCAGAAACUAUGUCCCAAAAAUUUGAUUUUGGCUAAAAAGGGCAUAAUCAGGAUUGAAAGACUCACACUUCCUCAUUUAUUUGUCUUUUUAUUUUUCUUUUGUCGUUCAUAAGUAAGGCUUCCUCCAUGCUUUACUGGCUCUUUACUAGCCAGCAAGAGAAGCAGCUUUCACAUUGCAUGUCUGAUGAGGCAACAGGAGGAGAAAAAAAGAGCAAAUGUGUUCAGAAUUCUUUUAAAAUGUUUUUCGUUUUUUACUUUAUGUUCAAGGUUAUUUGGUUGUUUUUUGUGCCACAUGCAUCAGUUUGUAACAAAGCACAACCAGAAUAUUGGAAUAAACAGUUUUCAGGACAGUUACCGUCUUGUUGCUCUUCAUCCUCAGUUUUGUUGACUAAAAAUAUGGCACCAAUACAUUAAAAACUGCAGUAUCAUAGAGAUUUUAUUUAAUCUAAAAACAAUGUAAAACAACAAAGAUAUUCAUAAAUAUAUAUGUUUUCAAAUUAAACUUUAAUGUUUUUUGCUGACCAAAGCAACAGAAGAAUCAGAGUGUAUGCUUGUAUGAUGCAGAUAUAACGUCUAAAGGUCCGGCUCGUCGUGGUCCGCCUCUUUGUUUUUCACUCUCACUGUUGCUCCCAUCAGUCCGUAUUCUGUCCCUGCGCUUGUGAAGUCAUCUCUGUAAACAGCUGCCUUGUCUCCUUUGUCCUUCUUUCUCAUUAUAUGCUUCAGAAAAUGUAAAGAAAAAAAUCUUCUUUUACAUAUAAAAGCAAACUCUGUACAAUUGUUCAAGAUAGUUAUUUUAUAUAUCUGUUUCCUCUUUCUUUUGUAAAUGAAAUGGAUGGAAAUUGUCUUUCUCUUAGUGGUCAUCCCACAACUUUCUGUAUAUUGACCAAUAAAAAGUUGUUUUAGACUCGCUGCA